UAAAAAACUAAAAAUUACAUAUAUUCUGCUAAAAUGAGACUCUACAAAUACAAACUGCAGAUUGCAACAUGAAGGAGAAGAGCUUCAUAUAUUUGGCUAUGGCUGACAGACUAGAGGAAGUGCAUAGCUCAUACUUAAAACCACUCCACAGACGACGGUGCAGCGGAAGAUGAUGAUAAUAUCUCUUCAAUUCUCCCUCGAACGCGAAAAAUACGAGCAUUCCAGCAGCAACAAUGGCGGAAACAAUAAAAAAUUCCCAUCUAUAAGGGCAGAUAAGGGCGUUGUUAUUCAUCCCCCAGACAGCACAGCUCUAGCAUCAGUUUUGAUGAAUUUCCUGCAAACUUGAAUGGGAGCUUCCACGAGUAAGGAGACAUUCGAUUUCAAUUCGCUCAGAACCCUUUACUUCACUCACCGAUCUUUCAUCUCUAUCCGAACGUCAGUUUACUGGGCCACUCUUAAUAAGACGGAGCACCAUUUGGGGAAAUUGACGGAGGAUCUGCCGCGGAAUCAAUUUCCAGGGUUUCCUUUAGUAUUUUCGCCGUCAAUUGGUGAAAGCAUUUCAAGUCCAAUAUAUAUCAACUUUUUAAACCACAACUUGAUAUAUUGCUUUUUGAAAUAAUCUUCCUUUUACGUGCUUCAAUAAUAACGAUGAGACUCUGGCUUGAAGACCCUCAUGAAUAUGUCAGGAAAGAUUUUUGAUAUUAUUGAAGAUCUGUACAGUCCACACACUGCAUCCAUAGAUUUCAUUACAAAGCUAGUGCAGAAACAUGGAAAAGAAAAUCUCCAGGGAUUCCUUUCCUUUGUUAGGAAUUUUUUUUUUCAGCUAUGAUGAGGCAGCUCCAGGCUACAAACCAUAUAGACAGAAAGAUGGUGCUCUUUUAGCUAUUGAGGUCUUAUUUGAUAAGCUGAAGCAGACUGAGCCAUAUAAAUGUCAGCCGGAACAAAUGCUAGUGCAGCAUGCAUUUCCUGAGUUUGGAAGCCAAGUUGAUCAUUCGAGCGCAAAGGAUCUCAAAAUUGAUUUAUUAUUCAUUACAGUUCUAGAUGAAGCACUGUAUAGCAUUUUCCAUUACACGGGUAUUGGAAGUUGGCAGAAAAUUUGAAAGCUGUCGCCUAUUUCCUGGAAAUGAAAUUUUGUUUCCAAGAAAAAUUUCAGCUUCAGAUCAGUCCGAGUAUUAUGCUAAUAAGCUUGCAGUAAACUCCAUUGCAUAGUUGGUGGUAAUGCAUCUAUCAGUGCUGAAUAUGCUGUCAGCAAAACUAGUGCCGUUUGAGGGGUUUUGCAUCUUGGUUUUUGAAAGCUUGGCUGCACACUUGAAAUGUGAAUUAGAGGGUGGCUUCUCUAAGAGCAAUGAACUAUAUUUUUCUUGUUUUAGUGCUUACGUUUACCCUUACUGUUCAGGCAUAAUGCUAAGCUGUUUGUAUCAUUCCUACCUUGAGACAAUUUAUGAUGUGAUGUACAAAGGAUCCUUCUUGAAUUAAUAAUGUCCCAUACAUAAGCGGGAAUAACAUCCUGAUAUAGGGGACAUAACUGGUGAUAUAGUGGCAGAUAGGGUGUUGUUAUUCAACCCUCCAGAGAGCAUGGUUAACAUCAGUUUUAAUUGAAUUUUCAGGUACACUUAACAUAUUUCCACAGAGACAAGGCCAUGGAAGCUUACUGGAGUAAGGUGCCACUUGAUUUCGUUUUGCGAAAGACCCUUCUUGAAUUUGUAAUGUCCCAUACACAACCAGCAUGUCCUUAGUGAAGUGAAAUCAAGUGGCUCCUUAUUCCAGUAAGCCCCCAUGGCCUUGUCUGUGCAGAAAUGUGUUCAAGUAUGCUUGGAAGAUUAGUUAAAACUGAUGGUAACCCUGUCUGGAGGAUUGAAUAACAAUGUCCUUAUCUGCCGCUAUUGGUGGGCAGUUUUUAUUAUUUGAGCCAUUGUUGCUGUUGGAAUGCUCAUAGUUUUCACGUUUGAGGGAGCAUUGGAGAGAUAUAAUCAUCAUCUUGUGCGGCACCGUCGUUUGUGGAGUGGUUUUAAGUAUGAGGUAUGCACUUCCUAUAGUGUGUCAGCCAUAGUGAAAUAUAUGAAGUUCUCUCCAUCAUGUUCUAAUCAGCUGCUUGUAGAGUCUAAUUUUAGUAUAAUAUAUGUAAUAGGUUUGUAGAGUUUUGGCAUUCCAUUGUUUUUAUAAGGUUGAAGAGCAGAUCUUGGACUGUGUAAGCCAUUGAUAAAUAUAUGUAGUUCUUGUCUCCAUUACGUUGCUUCUAUUGGUAAUCUGCAGUUCAUAAUUUGAAAAUCCAUGGUUAUAGAGUCAAUAUAUGUAAUGUAUUUGUAGAGUUUUGGUAUUCCAUUAUUAUUGUAUGGUAUUGAACAGCAGAUUAAAUAUUAUUCCAUUCUAUUA